AUGGUUUCGUUCGUAAAAUGGACGCUCAGCGUCCUUUUGCUCUUUCUAUGUCUCUUUGGUGAUUGUUGGAUCACUCCGUUAGACAGUCCGGCCACCACGCCCGCGUUGUCUGGAUGGCGGUUGACGAAUCGGGCGUUGCUUGCACGCCAGGAUUCGGACUCCUGCACUGCCUAUCUCGACGACCCUGACGUGCCCGAUUGCGGGCCUCUUUGCGGCCCUUCUAACCUGGCAUGUACCCAAGCGCCCCUGGAUAAGCGCAACCGGAGAAUCUUCUUUGGACCGGAACCAGGGGCGUGGAAUGAAACAGACCCUUCACCAGAAGAGCUCAAAACACUGCAGAAGAGAACGAUCACUCCUCUUCUGCAGAACCAACUCGCGGAUUACCUUAUUGAUCAAUUUCAAGGCAACCCUGACCCCUACUUCGGCACUCCAUCAAGUAUCGCAGAUCCGUCUGAUAACGUGGUCAGGCAAGAGUUGUUCGGAAAUACACCGUUUCAAGUGGGCACGAAUGGCCUCUGCGGAUGCACCGUUGUCACAGUGGUGUCGACGCGAGCGGUCUACAUGGGUCAUUUCUUCGAAGUCCCGUCGUGGUCGAGUUCUGCAUCGGUGUUCAAGCAACGGGUACUUAAUUUCUUCAGCGGCGGCGGCCAAGUUGGACAGGGUCCAGCAAUGAAUCCAGACCUCUUCACUGCCAAUGAUGACACUCGUGUCUACGUGAUGACGCCCCGUUCGGCCCGGGGCAAUUACCAGAAUUACCAAAAUUCGAACUAUUACGGCAAAGUCCCUCGACUCCUGAACACCAUUCGAACAGCUCUGGGAAAUCAGGAUGUGCCCAUUGCUGUGUGGAAUUACAUCCCAUUGGAAUGUGAGAUAGACGGCGAGACAAACGAUGAGCUCUUCGAAAGUGAGAGGGGUGUUGCGCUUUUCCAAUUCGACCCGGAUGCAUUCGGCAGUGGAGUACGAGGGUGGAGGAUCCUGUAUGAAGCACUCCAGUUCUUGUCCACUGAUCCAGCACCGGGUGCAGAAUCCGCUAGCGGCGUGCCGGAUCCCUAG